AUGGUCCCAAAUGAGGCCCAACAGUACAUUGGGAUUAUCCAUUUGCUUCAUCAUUUUGGAUGGACAUGGGUUGGACUCUAUGCUGUAUAUGAUGACAGUGGAGAUCAUUUCUUGCAGGCCCUGGAGGUCCUGCUUUCUCAGGGUGGGAUCUGUUCAGCCUUCACAAAGAGACUCCCAAAGCAAGAUCAUUCCAUUCAUCACAAUUCUGAGCAUGGUGGUAUGGUCUGGAUUCUCAACGUACCUUUCAUGGAUACUAAAACCAAAACAUACAUAGUCUAUGGUGAAACUUUGACCUUUGUGUGGUUGAGCACCUUUAUCUGCUCAUUUGCUCCUGUAUAUGAUGUGUAUGGUGGGAAAGUGUGGAUUAUGACAGCUCAGAUAGAUUUUGAAAUAAAAGACCACUCCUGGAUAUGGAAAUGUGAUAUAUUCCAAGGCACCAUUUCCUUUGCAAUUCACUCAAAUGACCCUCAAGGCUUCCAGACAUAUCUUCAGAACAUAAAACUUGACUCAGCAGAAGAAGAUGGCUUUCUCAAAGUAUUUUGGGAGGACGUUUUCCAGUGUUCAUUCCCAAUUCCCCAAAGAUUAGAGAAACAUGAGAGAGAAUGUACCGGAGAGGAGAAGUUGGAGAGCCUCCGUAGGUCUGCUUUUGAAAUGAGCAUGAGUGGCCACAGCUACAGUAUCUACAAUGCUGUCUAUGCUGUAGCGCAUGCUUUGCAUGCCAUGGACUUGUCUAAGGCCAAACACAGAGCAAUCGUGGGUGCCAAAAGUCUUGAUCUUCAAGAUCUUCAUCCUUGGCAGAUCCACCCGUUUCUCCAAGGCAUUUCGUUUAACAACUCAGCUGGCGAAAAGGUGUCGUUCAAUGAUCAUGGGGAAAGGGAAGGCACAUUUGACAUAAUAAACAUUGUCUUCUUCCCAAACAAUUCCUUCUUUAAAGUAAAUGUCGGAAGAGUGGGUUCAAAGGCUCCAGAAGGAAAACAGUUCAUAGUUAACGAGGAUAUAAUUGUGUGGCACAGGAGUUUUAACCAGGUGAUGCCUACUUCUGUGUGCAGUACCUCCUGCCACCCUGGUUAUCAGAAGAGAAAGAAGGAAGGGGAGACAUUUUGCUGCUACGAUUGUGCUCCAUGCCCAGAAGGGAAGAUUUCAGUCCAAGAGGAUAUGGCUGAAUGCAUCAAAUGCCCAGAGGAUCAAUAUCCAAGCCACAAUAGAGAUAGAUGCAUAACCAAAGUGAUAAACUUUCUGACUUAUGAAGAAUCUUUAGGAAUCAGUUUUACAUCAGUUGCUGUUUCCUUUUCACUCAUCACAGCUUUUGUCCUUGGAGUUUUUAUCAAGUACAGAUAUACCCCCAUAGUCAAAGCCAACAACCGGGACAUCAGCUACGUUCUCCUUAUCACCCUCCUCCUCUGCUUCCUCUGUUCUUUGCUGUUUCUUGGAAGACCUAGGAAGGUGACCUGCUUUCUCCGUCAAUCUGCAUUUGGCAUCAUCUUCUCUGUGGCUGUUUCUUGUGUGUUGGCCAAAACCAUCACUGUGGUUGUUGCUUUCAUGGCCACCAAACCAGGGUCCAACAUGAGGAAGUGGGUGGGGAAAAGACUGUCCAACUCCAUUGUUAUUUCCUGCUCUUUCAUUCAAACAGUUAUCUGUGCUGUUUGGCUAGGAAUUUCUCCCCCAUUCCCAGAUUUGGAUAUGCAUUCCCAGACCAGAGAGAUCACACAAGAAUGUAAUGAAGGGUCUGUCACCAUGUUUUAUCUUGUAUUGGGCUACCUGGGACUUCUGGCCAUCAUCAGCUUCACUGUGGCAUUCCUAGCCAGGAAGUUGCCUGACACUUUCAAUGAAGCCAAGUUCAUCACCUUCAGUAUGUUGAUGUUUUGCAGUGUUUGGGUGUCUUUUGUCCCAACCUACCUGAGCACCAAAGGGAAAUACUUGGUGGCUGUGGAGAUCUUCUCAAUAUUAGCCUCUAGCGCUGGCUUAUUGGGUUGUAUCUUUGUUCCCAAAUGCUACAUUAUUCUGCUGGUGCCCAAGCUGAAUAAAAGAGAGCAGUUUAUUAAGAGGGGCAAUAAAAGAACAUAA